UGGUGAUUCCCCUAAUAAGUAUUCUAUUUUUACCGUCGGAAGAAGGCAACGCGUCCACUGGACACCAGAGCCACUUUAAAUUAAAGGAGAAGUCGUCUAUGUGCCCUCUCAGAACAUGGAGCAGCCAGCCCAAUCAACUCCCUAAUUUACGGUCCACACUCUCAUGUAGCAGCCGCCCUGCCUUUACAUAUACAUCGUCCUCCCUCCAAUUCUGUUCUUCACACAGUCAUCUUAUUCUUCUAAUUUUCUUUUCUUUUUUUUUUUUUUCCUGAUUCAAUGGCUUCUUUUCAACUUCCCAUUGUUUUAACUACAUUCUAUCUUCAAUUUCUUUCAGGUGUUUACUCAUCAACGUUUACAGUAAAAAACAUGUGCAGUUACUCUGUAUGGCCGGGAAUUCUUUCUGGUGCUGGAACACCGGAAUUAUCCCCUACAGGUUUUGUUCUCCAGGCAGGGGAAUCCGCAACCCUCUCUGUCCCAACAUCCUGGUCAGGCCGUUUAUGGGGGCGUACUUAUUGCACCCAAGAUUCCUCCGGUAAGUUCUCUUGUCUCACCGGAGACUGUGGCUCCUCCACUGUGGAAUGCUCUGGCAGUGGCGCUGCUCCUCCCGCCACUUUGGCAGAGUUCACAUUGAACGGAGCAGGGGGGCUUGAUUUUUAUGACAUCAGUGUUGUGGACGGUUAUAACCUCCCAAUGAUGGUAGCCCCACAGGGUGGUACCGGAGGUAACUGCUCGUCCACUGGAUGCUCCGUGGACUUGAAUGGAGAGUGUCCGGCGGAGCUUAAGGUGGUUGAUGAGAGUGAUGAAGGGGUGGCCUGUAAGAGCGCAUGUAAUGCGUUCGGAGAGGCCCAGUAUUGCUGCAGUGGAGCGUACGCGUCGCCUGCCACCUGCAGGCCUAGUACUUACUCAGAAUUCUUCAAGACCUCAUGCCCUCAAGCUUAUAGCUAUGCCUACGACGAUGGGACCAGCACAUUCACUUGCGCCGGCGCCAAUUACAUCAUCACUUUCUGCCCUGGCCCUUCCACCAGUGUGAAGUCAGGAUCGACAUCCACCGCCAACCCCUUGGCUGCUGACUAUGUCUCAGCUGGCUCCUACCUUUCACCAUCAAUUCCCAUUGUCUUGACCACUGCCGUAGGGGCGGCAUCUCUUUUGGACUGUGCCAUACCACUAAACAUACGAACAUAUGGUUAGGCAGAUUACCCUGUCCUCUGUGUAGGACCCAAAAAAUUCCGGCAAUUUCUCACCAGGAGUGAAGACGUUGCUCUGUGACUGUCCCAGUAUCCAUUGCUCUGUCUGAUUGUCUUCCUCAUCUUGAAGAAGGAAAUCUCAAAAUCAAGCAUGUCACAUGUGGAAACGUUGUACAGAGUCAAAGAUUCCAACAUGAUCAUACAUAAUCGGCCUACUUUUUUCUGAAUUUUUAUAUAUAUAUAUAUAUAUGAGUGAGAACCUACUUAUAUAUAAAUUUAACACAUCAUA